AUGUCCUCUUCCCAGCCAUUCCACUCCUCACCGAUUCACGCUACGACACGCCGCAGCAAAUUCACAUACAAGCACCUCUCGACCCUGUCGCACUCCUCUCCGACGUGUCCGCUGCGCGUCAUCGCGCACAUCGAUCUCGAUGCAUUUUACGCGCAAUGUGAAAUGGUACGCCUGGACAUCCCACGAGACCAGCCCUUAGCUGUCCAACAAUGGCAAGGUCUCAUCGCCAUCAACUACCCAGCUCGAGCAUACGGCCUCAAUCGCCAUGUCACCAUCACGGACGCCAAAGAAAAGUGCCCAGAUAUCAUAUGUCAGCAUGUAGCGACUUGGAAAGAAGGAGAUGCGAAGUGGAGUUAUUCGGAAGAUGCCUGGAAGGAGAUUGCAGUGCGGAAAGUCAGUUUGGAUCCUUAUCGGAUCGAGAGUCGGAAGAUUUUGGCGUUGAUUAAGGAUAUGUUGCCGAAAGACACGCAGAGGGUGGAGAAGGCUAGUAUUGAUGAGGUGUUUUUGGAUCUUUCGGCUCAAGUGCAUGCGAUUUUGCUGGRAAGGUUUCCGGAGUUGAAGGGACCUCCUCCUUAUGAUGAUCCCUCGGAACCGCUUCCCAGACCGCCUACGACUGCUUUGGAUUGGAAGGCGGAUGCUUUGGUCGAUUUGGAUAUGGGGCAGGUGGAGGAGGAUGAUCCUGAUUGGGAUGAUAUUGUCAUGUUGGUUGCGAGUGAGAUUGUGAGGGAUGUGAGGGCGAAGAUUUGGGAGGAGUUGCACUAUACUUGCUCGGCGGGUUUGAGUCGGAACAAGAUGAUUGCGAAGUUGGGGUCUGCGCAUAAAAAGCCUAAUGCGCAGACUGUGGUGAGGAAUCGAGCCGUGGGGCAUUUCAUGAGCGGAUUCAAGUUUACGAAGAUUCGGAAUUUGGGUGGGAAGUUGGGUGAUGAGGUUGUUGCGGCUUUCAACACGGACACUGUUUCUGACCUCUUGCUUGUUCCUAUCGAACAGCUGAAAAAACAGAUGGGGGAUGAGACGGGCUCGUGGCUAUACUCCAUCAUUCGGGGGGAAGACAACAGCGAGGUCAAUCCUAGGACGCAGAUCAAGAGUAUGCUGUCUGCAAAGUCUUUCCGACCGAGCAUCAAUAGUUUUGAGGUAGCUUGUCGAUGGCUACGAAUCUUCGUCGCGGAUAUCUUUGGGAGGUUGGUGGAGGAGGGUGUAUUGGAUAACAAGCGACGACCGAAGACCCUUACGAUACAUCAUCGGCAGGGAGCACAGACGAGGAGUAAACAGGCUCCGAUUCCUAUGGGAAAAAACAUCACAGAGGAGGGACUAUUUGAUGCAGCGAAGAACCUAUUGGCGGGUGUCGUGGUCGAUGGGAGAGCAUGGCCUUGUGCAAACCUGAGUCUGGCUGUAGGUGGAUUUGAGGAUGGUGUUCAGGGUAAUCUUGGAAUUGGAGGUUUCCUCGUGAGAGGAGAGACGGCCAAAGCAGUGAAUGCCGCUGCUACCAGAGGCGACGGUGGCGAGGGGCCUGCAAGGAAGAAGAGGAGGAUCAAAGUCGGUGGCAUCCCAACUUUCUUCGGAUCUAGGCAGRACCCGCAUCCGGAGGACAGUUCAAGCGAGCAGGAAACACAGGCUGAGCAAGACGGAGAAGAACUCGAGGAGCGUGACGAUGAUACACUUCCCACAUCUGGGCAGUACGACGUGACUCCCCCACCCAUCGAGCAAUCGGACCCCACGGAUAACGAAGAGGCGCCGUAUACCUGUCCUCGCUGCAAGAAGCAGAUCGCUGAAACAGAGAGGCCGGAGCAUGAGGACUUCCACUUCGCCCAGGAUUUACAGAAGGAAAGCCAGACUCCGCCGAAACCACCGCCGCCGAAGAGUGCUCUUGCGAGCGCGGGUGCUGGGUCUGUGAAUAAGGCGAAGGGUAAAGGGAGGGGAAGGCCUCCUAGUAAUGGGGUUGGUGGGCCAGAGAAGGGACAGAGGAGGUUGGCUUUUGGGUAG